AGUGGGGAACAUUAAAAAUAUCCUAGAGAAAAAAAAAUGUUAGGUAGAGCAUAGUGGUUAAACUUUGGGCAAAAAAUGAAUGUGAUUGUGAAUAUGACAACUGGAUACAUAUUUUGUUACCAAUCAAGUUUACUUCACAAUUUUGUCUCUCCACAAUCCCUUGCUGCCCAUAUUUCAGCAUAUCCUUUUAUCCUUAUCUCCUUUUCAUUGUAAUGUUCUGUUCUAUCCCUUACUGAAAUACAUAGAUCAUAUUCAUAUCAUAGCUAUAGCCUUUAAUUUGCAACUUAAUUUGUAAUCAUAAGGUGUUAGAGGAAUGGCUUUUGCAGGAACAACUCAAAAGUGCAUGUCUUGUGACAAAACCGUUUAUCUUGUUGAUAAGUUGACUGCAGAUAACCGAGUUUACCACAAAGGUUGCUUCAGAUGCCAUCACUGCAAAGGAACCCUCAAGCUUAGCAACUAUAACUCUUUUGAGGGAGUUCUUUACUGCAAGCCACACUUUGACCAACUCUUCAAAAGAACUGGUAGUCUUGACAAAAGCUUUGAAGGAACACCAAAAAUUGCUAAACCAGAAAAAACCAGUGAUAAUGAGAAACCUGCAGCAGCCAAAGUGUCUAGCAUGUUUGGUGGUACCAGAGAGAAAUGUGCUGGUUGUCAGAAAACAGUUUACCCUACUGAAAAGGUUAGUGUGAAUGGAACUCCUUAUCAUAAGAGUUGUUUCAAAUGCAUUCAUGGAGGGUGUGUUAUAAGUCCUUCUAAUUACAUUGCACAUGAAGGAAAACUGUAUUGUAAACACCACCAUAUCCAACUGAUCAAGGAGAAGGGUAAUUUAAGCCAGCUUGAAGGUGAUCAUGAGAAGAAUGCUAACAUUGAAGUAGUUGCAGCUGAGACAUGAAAUCAAAUUCUUGAGUUUUGACAAAAGAUUGAUCUCAGAAUGUUUUCCUUUUCCUUAAGUUGCAUAUUUUAGUACAAAAAUGUUUAUGCUAGCUUUGUUUGUGACAAAUAAGUUAUUGCCUUUUUUUUUUUUUUUCUUCUGUUUUGAUGUAAGUCAUCUGUUUUCUUUUCUCUGUUAUGACAUUGUGCAUUCUAAAAUAAGAGCUUGACUCAUAUCAA